AUGGCUAAUGUCAAUCCGUCCACCCCUAAUCAAGCUCCAGGCAACAUGAAAAGCGCAGCAGAGCUGUACGUCAAACCCGAGUCUCUUGAGGCUUUGAGAGCCUCCGCUAACAAUACCACCUCGUUUAGCUAUGCCGCUGCCGAUAUCAUUACUGUCAAUGUUGGACCAAACAAAGUGGCCUACGGCUUACACAGAGGCAUCUUGGUCUCCGGGUGUCCUUUCUUCGAAAAAUGCCUGCGAUCCGGAAUGAGAGAGGCGCAAGAAAAGACAGUCAACCUACCUGAGGAGCAGACUGAGGCUUUCGACAUAUUGGUGCGCUGGAUGUACAGUGGGAGAAUUGCCCUUGGAGGAGCCAAACAGCAGGAACGCUUUAUUGACGCCUAUCUGCUUGCCGACAAAUUCUGCAUGCAUGCCCUUCAGAAUGCGAUCAUGGAUGCUCUCCGAAAGGCUUGCAAGCCCUUUGACAUCUGGCCAGAAACCCUGCAUUGCGUGUGGAAAAAUAGUACGGGGAACUGCAAGCUUCGGAAGUUCUGCUUCGACUUUGUUUAUUUUACUCUUUCCAACCUCCGCAUCUGGCACGGAACGCAUUUGUACAUUACUGCCUCGAAGGUUUUCAGAGAGCAGAUGGACGAGCUGAUGCAAUCUGGCAGCCCAGUGAUGAAUGCGUUGUUCUGGAAGCUUGCAGAUUCUGGAAUGGAAAGUAGUCGGAUGACGGGUGAAUUGGGUCUCAAUCCAGCUUCAUUGUCAGGGUGUUUCUAUCAUGCCCACAAGGAUGGAGAGAAGUGCAAGUCGUCGGGUUGAAGGGGCGAACCGAUUGGAGUAUCAAAGUGCAUGAAAGCCAUCACCUGAAGGAUACCUCAACCAUCUCAUCGCAGACGGCGGGUUCCACGAAGACACAUCUCACACUUCGAACCAGAGAUAGCCUUGUCCAGCUAAAGCGAGCGUGUAUUGCAACGUACAAGAGAAUCUCAUACCGUCGCGCCUCCUAGAAUGCC